AUGAGUAGUUUGGCAGAUUUCACUUUAUCACAAUUUUGGCAAUGUUUAGGAAAUUCCCAGGAAAGGAUACAUUUACCAUUUAUAAAAGCCGGUACAACCUGGUUCUGCUGGAUGAAACCUACAGAGAAAGUGUCCGAAAUUAUCACCUGCAUCGAGGAAUUCUCACAAAUUCUCACUGAGCUACGGGAAUAUGAAACUAACAAAAGUCGAAGCGAUUGUUCUAAUUGA